CUGCUAUCACUUCUUAAUUACUUCAACUGGAAAAGAGUGGCAAUCAUUUACGAAAACGUGACGAAAUGGAUAGAAAUGAAGACCAACAUAGUGAAGGGAUUAAAAGCGAAUGGAAUUACCGUAGCUCAAGAACUGUUAACACAUCAUUCAGCGCUUUACAGGCCACAGAAUGACAGUCAUUAUUACAGAGGGAUCUUGAGAAAAAUCAAGCAGGAAGCUCGGAGUAUGUAUUCCUAGUUUCCCCUUCAGUAACAUAGGACCAGAGUUACUGAGAGAGGUUACUCCCCCAUAUGACACGAAAUGGUCCCUUAAGUUAUUUUUAGCAAUAUAAAAUGGUAAGAAAUUUAGAUUAAUUUUUUUUUACUUUCAGUUAUCUUCAAAACCUUAACAAAUUUGUCGUUUGCGGUUUUGUUGGAUCCUAAGAAUUUUGUCCCAAUAAUCACUUUAAAUUUGUUAUUAUCUUUUUCAGUUGUGGUCUAUGUGACUGACUUUCACAUUGCUCGGGAAGGAAUGCUCCACGCAUACGACGAAAACAUGACAAAUGGAGACUACGUGUUUAUAAUUUUUGAACUUGAUCAAGCUCAAGUAGGAAUCAAGACUGACCAGCCUUUCAAGUGGUUUUUUAGCAGCCACAAAAGUACA